AUGGAUCCUCAACCGUCAGAAAAGCGUCACCAUAUUGUCUUCCUGCAGGGGGAUUUUGUUCAAGCGUUGGACUUGGAGCUCCCCCCGCCGCAAACUUAUACCAAGACCAUCUACCCGCAAACAUCACUUGCAGACAUCCAUGAUCGCGUCCGCAAUGCGUCGAUCAUCGUCUUGUCGGCCUUGCAGAUCGAUGCCACAACGCUCUCUCCCGAGAAAACGCCGUACCUCAAGCUCAUUGUAGCCGUCGCGGCAGGAACCGACUGCAUUGACCUGGACGCCUGCAGGAAGCGCGGCAUCGUGGUCAGCAAUUGCCCUGCAGCAAAUACGUCCACCGUGGCAGAGCAUGCGAUGGGGCUGUACUUUAUGACACGAAGGAGGAUGGCCAGUCUGAAUACGUUGACGCGAGCUGGAGAGUGGCCUCGGCGGAAGACCCUGAUGUAUCAGAUGCUGGAGAAAGACGGCACGCCCCCUCUGACCUGCCAGGAGGAAGUGGCGGGAAUCAUCGGGAAUGGAAGUCUAGGGAAAAUGAUAGCCAACAUGGCACGGAGCCUUGGAAUGAAAGUACUCGUAUCGGGUCGCAAGAACGCCGACAACUCCAGUUCAUUGAACAGGUCCACCGACGAGACGAGAGUCCCCUUUGAUACGGUCAUCCGCCAAAGUACGGUGCUGUUUAUUGCUGUUCCUUUGAUGGAAUCGACGCGCAACCUGAUUUCAACGCCAGAGCUGGAAGUGAUGUCCCCUCAUACAGUGCUGGUCAAUGUGUCGCGUGGGGGGAUUGUGGAUGAAGCAGCCCUAGUGAAGGCUUUGCGUGAAGGGAGGAUUUCUGGAGCCGCUACCGACGUAUUCCACAAAGAGCCUGCUGGCCCUGAAAGCUCUCCCUUGCUGGCGGACGGUACAGACGAUCUGAACCUGGUGGUGACUCCUCACCUGGCAUGGCUGUCACUGAGGACAGUCAAUACCUACUCCCAAUUGCUGAAAAAUGCGGUUGAAGGGUGGGCUAAAGGGGAGCCAAUUAAUGUUGUGUGUUGA